UUCGUAAUAUUGUAAUUCUAAUUUCCAACAACUCUCGUCUCCAGUCUCGAUCCGAUUACUUUGCAUCUUUCAUCCUAUUACGUGGCUAGUGGAAUCUUUGAAUCACUUGGCUACUUUUUAAUUCAAAACUAAAACGAGGAUUAACGCAAUUCCCUUGUUGUAAACAAACUCCAUUGUAGACACCUUAAACCUUACUCACACAGAAAUGGCGAUGAGUGCUGGUGCCGCUGGGUUUUCACAAGGAAACCAUAACGUAUUCGUUUAUGGCAGUCUUUUAUCUGAUGAAGUCGUUCAUGUUUUACUCAAUCGAGUUCCUGCUUCGUCUCCUGCUAUCCUUCCUCACUACCAAAGAUUUAGCAUUAAAGGUUGUGUUUACCCUGCAAUUCUGCCUUUUGAGAACAGCAAAGUGCUCGGGCGGGUUUUGACAGGAGUCACUAAUCUUGAGUUGGAUAUACUGGAUGAUUUUGAAGAUGAUGAGUAUGUGAGAGAUUCAGUAGAAGUCACUCUUGUGGAUGACUCGGAGAAAAUGCAGGCAUAUACUUAUGUGUGGGAUAAUAAGGAUGAUCCAUACUUGUGUGGAGAUUGGGAUUUUGAGAAAUGGAGAGCUGCUCAUAUGAAUGACUUUAUUGAGAUGACUAAAGAAUACGUGGAAGAACUCGAGCAACCUGAAUCCAAGUCAAGGGUGGAGACGUAUAAUUCCUUUUACCGAUCCAGCGACGACAAGUCAACCAGUGCCUGAUCUGUCUUCUAUUCAAGUGUGCUCUGUUAUUUCUUCUCAAUCUCGUUCACUCUGUACAGUAUUCUUUUGGCUGAUUUACUGAGACCAACCAACGCCCAAGGGGCGGGGAACUUUCACCUUGAAUCAUCACACCAAUUAUUGAUGAAAAAUUCUCAUUUGAUGUGAACUUGUUUGAUAUAUAAUGCUUUGAAUUGAGGGGUAUGAAUUUCAAUUAUACUUGUGUGUAUUAACCCCAAUUUGUUCAAAAGGCCGUUUCAUCGUGAGAUGAUUUCAAUAGGAUCAGCUCAAACUAUUUAAAAAAACUACUUUCUGUACAAGUAUGAAUUGAAAUUUCAUUGCUUUUUUAUUAAUUUUUUUUUAAUAGGCUACUUGUAUGGGCCCAUCUCAUAGUAAGACGGUCUCAUAUAAGACUUGUUGAUUAUUUCAAAUAUACUUGUGUGUAUUAACCGAAUUUGUUCAAUGAUAUUCUGUAUCGUCGGUUAGCUGGCUUAUACGUUUUGCAUCAACCCAAAUUUAUAUGACAGUCGGCUACAAGUUAUCAGGGUGGUGGAUGAUAGGACGGUAUAGCAGACUCACCAGCCCACACCACAGUUCUUUGUUGUUGGUCGCCGUACAAGUUGUCGUACACCAAAAUAAGGACGAAAAAUUGAAAUAAUUAAGGCUUUUUUUAAUAAA